AAUGAACAGCGGACUUCCGGUCACAUCGACGUGUAUUUUCCAAGUUUCUUCCCGACUCGCGUGCGGUGUGCCAUAUUUCUUUCUCCAGUGCGAGUUUGCACUUGUUCGUCCCCUCGGUGUGUACGGAACCUGACAGACAGGGCAGGCUCCCCCCCCGUCCGGUUUCUUUUCCCGUCCUCCAGUGCGAGAUCACACGGUUCGGAGCGGAAUUUUCACCUCCUGCACUUUGUCGUUUUCUUAGAAAAGCCACCCGCGCUUGUUUCUGGACUACUCUUUCGUUUUUCCUGCGAAAAUGGCGGCUGCUGACGUGGCAACAAAGAGCGGAGGAAGCAAGCCCAGUGCCGGCAAGCACGAUGGCAUGUGGGCUCAUGAUGAAAAGCAGAAGGACAUCCGUCGACAGAACAUCAUUGCAGCCAAGGCUGUCGCAGAUGCGGUGCGAACAAGUCUGGGGCCUCGCGGCAUGGACAAAAUGAUCCAAGGACCUCGUGGAGAUGUCCUCAUCACCAACGACGGCGCUACGAUCCUCAACGAGAUGGCUGUUGUCCACCCAGUAGCAAAGAUGAUGGUGGAGUUGUCAAAGGCGCAAGACGUGGAGGCAGGAGAUGGAACGACAAGUGUUGUGGUCCUCUGCGGGGCUCUGCUGGAGGCGUCUCAGCAGCUCCUCGACCGUGGCGUCCACCCGCAACUCAUUGCCUCUUCUUUCCUCGAGGCCAGCAAACAGUCGGAGAAGAUCUUGCGAGAAAUGGCGGUUCCUGUGGACUUGAAGGACCGCGAGAAACUCAUUCAAAUUGCAGCGACAUCUCUGCAGUCGAAGGUCGUCAGCCACAACGCCAAGCUCCUCGCUCCGAUUGCCGUCGACGCGGUGAUGAAGGUUCUUCCUGAAGGAAAAGACGUCGACAACGUGGACUUGAACGACAUUCGCGUCGUGAAAAAGCUGGGGGGAACGGUCGACGAGAGCGAGCUGGUCAAGGGAAUCGUCAUGGUCGAGCAGAAAGUUUCCAAGAGAGCGGGGGGACCUUCUCGAAUUCAAAAUGCAAAAAUUGGUCUGAUCCAGUUUUGUCUGUCGGCGCCCAAGACAGACAUGGAAAACAACAUCGUGAUCAAAGACUACACGGCGAUGGACCGCAUGCUGAGAGAAGAGCGCAUCUUGAUUGCGAAGAUGGUCAAGCAAAUCGCGGCCACAGGAUGCAACGUCCUCCUCAUCCAAAAAAGCAUCCUCAGAGAUGCCGUCAACGACCUUUCUCUCGACUACUUGGCGAAGGCGAAGAUCAUGGUCGUGCAAAACAUCGAACGCGAAGACGUUGAAUUCAUCAGCAGGACCCUCGGCUGCCAGCCGGUCGCUUCGCUGGAUCAUUUCACGGCGGACAAGCUUGGACAUGCCGACCUUGCUCAGGACGAAAUGGUUGCCGGCGGAGGUCACAUUGUCCGCAUCACUGGAGUGAACGCGAAGAACACAGUCACCGUUCUUCUGCGUGCCUCUAACAACCUGAUGUUGGACGAGACUGAACGUUCUCUCCAUGACGCUCUUUGCGUGGUUCGCUGUCUCGUCAAAAGAAGACAGCUGCUUCCUGGCGGCGGAGCUGUCGAGGCCGAGCUCUCUCUCAGAUUGAACGAAUGGGCCCGAACGUUGCCUGGCGUCCAGCAGCUCUGCGUCAGAAUGUACGCAGAGGCGCUUGAGUUGAUUCCUUACACUCUCGCCGAGAACGCGGGUUUGAGCCCUCUGGAAAUCGUCACAGAUUUGAAGCUGAAGCAUGCGCAGGGCGAGAAGCUUGUCGGCAUCAAUGUGCGUCAAGGCUGUGUGUCGAGCAUGGUCGACAUCAAUGUGCUUCAGCCGCUGCUGGUUAGCUCGAGUGCAGUGAAACUCGCCACCGAGGCCGUGAUGAUGAUUUUGAAGAUCGACGACAUCGUCAUGUGCCGCUGAUUUCUUUUCUGUCAAACGCCGAGAUGUAGAGCGCGUGUCGAGCGCCAGUGAAAACAAGUCUUUUUCCACGGAAAACAGAGGGAAAAAGUGAGAAAGGAGGCUUUGUCUACUACGUUUACAUCCUUGCAUGCUCAACAGCACUCCUGGUUACGCCUCUCUCUCGAACUCGUACACACGCAAAUAUCUUUACACUUUUAUCUCUGCAAACUGCUUUUCGAAUCGAUGUGCGAGACAGAGCGAUGUAAGCCUUUUCUGACGGGUGCCUGAGUGACUCUCCCUCGCGGGUGGCGUCGCGCUUCGUCGUCAAUGUCUACAGGGUGGAAGCGAGGGGCGUCGGUACACGACGAAGAGAACUUGGAUUUCCACGUAAAACGGUUCUUCGUUCCUCUUGUGUCCCGUGUGCUUUCUGCUGUUUAUCCCUUGCUUUUCUCCUUUAUGCACUCGACUUCAUGCUUCUCGCUUUCUCUCCAGUGUGUUUCCUCGAUCUGCGGACGCAUGCUGUCUACCGGACUAUAAUCGGACACUGUCGAGCUUCUCCCAUUGCUCGACAGUCUUUCUGUCGUGACUCGUCGGCAACA